UCCAUGUCUCGCGAGUGGCGAAUCACUAGCCUGCAUCUCCAGCUCUCCACACGCGCGCAGCAGCAGCGCGAAGAGCGACCGAUCGUGCCGGAGACGACCACGACCGGAGAGGAUCGAUCCAUCGCCUGGCAGAGUGACAGGGGAGGGGAGCACCUUGCUGCCAGUUGCCGUCGUCGUCGUCGUCGACCACCGCACCGCGGCGGCGUCCAGCAAUGGCCCGGCCGCAGCAACGGUUCCGCGGCGUGCGGCAGCGCCACUGGGGCUCCUGGGUCUCCGAGAUCCGCCACCCUCUCCUGAAGACGCGGAUAUGGCUGGGCACGUUCGAGACGGCCGACGACGCGGCGCGCGCCUACGACGAGGCGGCGCGGAUCAUGUGCGGGCCGCGGGCGCGCACCAACUUCGCCGCCGGCGCCGGCGCCGGCGCCGGCGCCGCCGCGCCCGCGUCGUUCCUCUCCGCGGCGCUCGUCGAGAAGCUGCACCGGUUCAACCUGGCGUCCGUGCAGGCCGCGCAGAGGCAGAGGGAGGCGGCUGCCUCCGCCGCCGCGGCCUCGGCCGCAAUGCCGGCGGCCGGCUGCGACGCCUGGGCCGCCUGCGAGUCGUCGGCCGCGGAGUGGGGCGGGAGGUUCCUCGAGGAGCAGCACGUGGAGCAGAUGAUCGAGGAGCUGCUGGACGCCAACUUCUCCAUGGAGAUAUGCUGUUGAUUAGUAGUAGCUGGGCUUGUUCGUCCCCUGUCCCUACUCCCUGCCGCUGCUUGCUCUCUGUUCUUGCACCAAUGAGCACUGCAGCUGCGCCCUGCUGGGCGUUGCUCUGCAUUGUACGAGUUCUCCACUGGUACUGUAUAUUAGUAGCACCAGUAGCUUUCAUUAAUGCAAAGUCCCACAGUGAAACUAGCUUACUAAUACUCUACGAAUUAGAAAAUGGUGGGAGGCAGUGAAACAACAACUUUUGUUCCUUCUUCA